AAACAGCAACCAGAGAGAAGUAAUUAUGAAGACCUCUCAGUGCCAAACCAGAGUCUCUCAGAGCGGCAGCGCGAGCUACAUGAGCGGCCUCAGCACCAGCGCAAUGAACCCGCUCAGCAGUGCGAGCCUCACCCUCCUAGUUCUCCUCAUCUCAGCCAUCCCCGUCUGCAAAAGUGUUCCAAUACAACAGCAAAGAGCAACAAUAGACCAGCACCAGCUUCUCAACCAGCUAGAAGAUGUGUGCUCAUCCUACAUUUCUGCAGACCUGCCAUUUCGUAUACCCAAUGCUUUAGGAGAACUCUGUGUGUUCAUGCUUGCACAGAAGUCUAAGGACUUGAAAGGACAGGACAACCCUAGUAAAAGGUCCCCUGUGAAGCACCCUCUCCUGCAGCUAGUUCCUCAACUCCAUACCAGACGAGAGAGAGGAGAGUUUGUGGUCCGCGAUGAUCUCCAGGGACCUGGGGGAAUUCAGAAUAGAGGGUACUUCUUAUAUCGGCCAAGAAAUGGAAGACGAACCCUGGAAUUUGAGUAAAUACUCCCUACUAUACGCUGUACAGAGAUGACACAGAACCAGAGAACCGAACAGGCACAACCAUCAUAGAGUGGUCCAGACCACCGCCGAAACGAUGUUGAAAGAAUGAAGAAACAAAAAUGAACAACAAAGAAAUUAGAGUCUAAGUAAAAUAAUCUUUGUUGGUCCAAAAGUCUUAUUUGUGUUACGUCUUUUGAAGUAAAAGCAUUGUCAUAUGGUUAUUUUUGUGGUGGCAUGAUUUUGCAAACAGACAGAUACUGCUUAUGAAACUUGCACAAAGAGGUCCUGACGCAACUGGAAAAUUGUCAGUGAACACAAAAGAGGAGUGUGUUUGUGUCUGUGAGCUGAAAUACUCUUGACCAUACAUAGUAGGGGUGUAACGAUUCGUUUUAACAACGAUUCGAUUUGUAUCACGAUUCGUGGUUGUCGAUACGAUUC